UCGGUCAAGUCGAGUCAGUCAGUCUGUUAUCGCGACCCGCCGCCCGACUAUAUACCGCAGCGCAGCACAGCGCGCGGAACAACAGCUAACGUCAAUAACAUAAUAUUAUUAUUUCAUUAUUGCCGACGACAAUCGUUCAGACGAUUAUUUAUUAUUUUUUUUUUUUCGCUCGCGCGCCAAACGCAAUCGUUUCUCGUAUUUCACGAGCGCUGAACAACACUAACGCGCAACACCGUCGUCGACGACUGCCGUUCCUCUGCGCGCUCGUCUCGCACACGGAUUAUUAUUAAUUACAAUAUUCUUCGUCGACGCCGCCACCGCCGCCGUGUCACCGUCUCGCGCGCACUUUCGACGCCGCGCGUCGCUCCGAACACACGUAACGACGACGCCGCCGCCGCCGCAACAGCAGCUGCACAGCUCUCUCUCCUCUGGCGCCGCCGUCGCCGCCACCGUGUAACGCGUUUUGUUCCAUCUAAACUACGAUCGCAGUAAAUAACCGUAAUAAAAGCUAGUAAUACUGUCCGUAAAUCGCGGCCUACCGAAAGCCCGUCGUCGUCGGAUUGAUGGUCUCGCAGUGAACUGCACACUCGUCGCCGCGUUUGGUAGAGCGUAAACCGACAAGUCGACCGCGUACCAGCAGCCAGGAGCAGCCCGCGAGGUCCCACACACACGUACACGCCGCCGUCGAGAUGCACAACAAAAAGGGCAAGCUGUGCACCAAGCUCACCAGCAGCUUCCUGCGCAAGUGGUGGGUUGUACUUGCAAUAGCCGUAGCACUAUUGGUCGGCGGCCUUCUAGUGGUAGCGUUUUUCACGUCGGCAGUCGAGCUGGUUAUCGAUGAUCAAAUCACUCUGCGGCCCGGUUCUCAGACUUUCGAGAUGUGGAGGAAACCGCCUGUGCGACCUUUGUUAAAAGUGUACAUAUACAAUGUCACCAAUGCUGACGAAUUUUUGAAUGUGGUCGCGCCAGGUGAGGUACGCGAAAAGCCUGUCUUGGAUGAAUUGGGUCCGUUCGUCUACGUAGAAACAUGGGAAAAAGUCAAUAUGACAUUCCACGACAACGGCACGCUCACGUACAACCAGCAAAAAGUGUACAGGUUCGACCCCGAGCAGAGUGUUGGUUCUGAAGACGAUGUAGUAGUAGUACCGAAUAUUCCGAUGUUGUCAGCCACGUCGCAGAGCAAACACGCUGCCCGAUUCUUGAGAUUGGCCAUGGCCAGUAUCAUGGACAUCCUAAAGGUCAAACCGUUUGUUGAAGUGAGCGUCGGUCAACUGCUGUGGGGUUACGAGGAUCCGCUGUUGAAAUUAGCCAAAGAUGUGGUGCCAAAGGAACAAAAAUUGCCGUACGAAGAAUUUGGUCUGCUGUAUGGGAAAAACGGAACUUCACGUGAUAAUAUGACUGUGUUCACUGGGGCCACGGACAUCCGGCUUUUUGCCGCCCUGGACAAGUUCAACGGGCGCUCGCAUCUGACACAUUGGACCUCCGAUUCGUGCAAUCGUAUGUCUGGUGGAAGCGACGGUUCUCUUUUCCCUCCCAGGAUUCAACCAGACACAGUUCUACACGUCUUCGAUAAAGACAUGUGCCGGAAACUGCCUCUAGUGUUCAAGAAACAAAUUGAAGGCAAGGGAGGAGUGAAAGCGUACCGAUUUGGUCCUGAUCAACGAGCGUUCGCUGAUCCAGACCAUGAACCUGAGAAUCGGUGCUACUGCCCUUCACUGAACAGUACCAGUAACAGUACUUCUGGUACCAGCAGUUCAACCACAGCAAUGCCUAUGGUGUCGACAAAAACGAAUACUCCACAGUGCGCGCCUCAUGGCACGUUCAACGUGAGCUUGUGCCAAUACGACUCUCCGGUGCUAUUGUCUUUCCCUCACUUUUACAUGGGUGACCCAAAACUCAGAGAAGCUGUCCUUGGAAUGGACGAGCCAGAUGCUGAUCGUCACGAGUUUUACAUAGACGUGCAACCUGAAAUGGGAGUGGCCAUGCGUGCCAGAGCUCGAGUGCAAAUUAAUCUUGCCGUAAGUCAAGUAGUAGACAUCAAACAAGUUGCCACAUUUCCCGACAUCGUAUUUCCAAUCAUGUGGUUCGAAGAAGGUAUCGAUGAACUGCCCGACAAUGUGAUCCAACUGCUCAAGCUGGCCACACAGACGCCGCCAGUGGCUAAGGCUGCACUGCAGUACGCGCUUUUCAUCUCUGGGGCCGUGCUGCUGUUGUUGGCUCUCGGGUGUCUUGUGCGCAACUCUCACCGUCAAGAGACAAUGUCCCUCGAAGGGACAGCGCACUAUAGCCAAGACGAAAAGAAGAAGCCCAAAAAGACGAUCCCUCCCGCACCUUUGGGCACCACGGUGUUGUCCAACGGUAACGGAACCGCCGCAAAGGCCAACGCCGGUUACGUGGCCGACGACGAAUAGCUCCAGUAGUUUCGGGGGGACACGGAACGGCACUUGCACUGACGGCAACUAUCAGACGAGAAAACCGAAAACCCAUCGUUUAGGUGCCGCACUUGCAGUCGUUCUGCUAACGCUACCGCUCUAGAUAAUACAGCUAGAUCUAUUGCGAUGUACAUAAAUUAAUAAUGAUAUAUAAUGUAUAUGACUGGCGGUGACUCGAUGAGUUAGACGUUAUUAUUAUUACUUUUAUAUACUAUACAAAUAUUGAACUCUCUCUAUCUCUCUAUCAACCGACUACUAUAACUGUACAAUACGCGCACGUAGUCGACACGUAUAGUGGCGAAAACGAUCAUAAUCGCGUAUUUUAAAUAUUGUAUAAAAAUGCGACGAUGGUUGUUUGAAUGUGCCAACGGGCCAUUUCUUCUCCGCGUCGACAUAUUUCGACUUCGACAAUGAUAAUAAUUAU